AUGGGCAAAGGAAAGAUCUGUGUCGCCUUCAGCGGUGGUCUCGACACCAGCAUUAUCUUGAAAUGGCUCAUCGAUGAGGGCUACGAGGUCGUUGCUUUCACUGCCAAUGUCGGCCAAGAAGAGGACUUCGACGCUAUCAAGGAGAAGGCUCUGAAGCUUGGUGCCGUCAAGGCUGAAAUUGUCGACCUCCGCCGGGAGUUUGUUGAGGAGCUGUGCUUCCCCGCCAUUGCUUGCAACGCCAUCUACGAGAAUGUCUACCUCUUGGGUACCUCUCUGGCUCGCCCAGUUAUCGCCCGUGCCCAGAUCGAUGUCGCUAAGAGGGAAGGAUGCUUUGCUGUCUCCCACGGCUGCACCGGUAAGGGUAACGAUCAGGUUCGUUUUGAACUCGCCUUCUAUGCCCUUCAGCCCGACAUCAAGGUCAUUGCUCCUUGGCGUGACCCCGUCUUCUACGAGCGCUUCGCCGGUCGUAACGAUCUCCUUGCCUACGCCGCUGAAAAGGAUAUCCCUGUGACUUCCACCAAGUCUAAGCCCUGGAGUAUGGAUGAGAACCUGGCCCACUGCUCUUAUGAGGCUGGUAUCCUUGAGGACCCCGACAUCACUCCUCCUACCGACAUGUGGAAGCUCACCGUGGACCCGCUCUCCGCGCCUGAUAAGCCCGAGGACUUCACCGUCCACUUCGAGAAGGGUCUUCCCGUCAAGCUUGAGUACACCGAGAACGGCGAGCAGAAGACGGCCACCGACGCUGUUGACCUUUUCUUGACCGCCAACACAAUUGCCCGCCGCAACGGUAUUGGCCGUAUCGAUAUUGUCGAGAACCGUUUCAUCGGUAUCAAGUCCCGCGGUUGCUACGAGACCCCUGGUCUUACCUGCCUCCGCUCCGCACACGUUGACCUUGAGGGACUUGUGCUCGACCGUGAGGUCCGUGCUCUGCGUGACCAGUUCAUCACUGUCAACUACUCCAAGCUCCUCUACAACGGUCUCUACUUCUCCCCCGAGCGUGAGUUCCUUGAGCAGUCCAUCCCGGCCUCCCAGACGUCCGUCAACGGCAAGGUUCGCUGCCGCGCCUACAAGGGUAACAUGAUCAUCCUUGGCCGUUCCUCCGAGACCGAGAAGCUGUACGACAUGUCCGAGUCUAGCAUGGACGAGAUCGGUGACUUCUCUCCCGCCGAGACCACCGGCUUCAUUGGCGUGUCCGCCAUCCGUCUGAAGAAGUACGGCCAGAUGAAGCAGGCCGCUGGCGAGAAGAUGUAA